GUUUUGAAAGGAGGAAGAGGAAAAAAAAGGAGUCGGGGCGGCAGCAGCGAAGAGUUGGGGGAGGGGGCGAUUGAUGGGCAGUAGAGGCCUUGCCGUCACCGCCAGGCUCGCUCGGAGCGCCCGAAACCGAGUUCGAAGGCAGCGGGGAGUCGGGAGCGGUGCUGGGGCUUUGGUCCCGGGAGCUGUGUGAGCGGGAGAGGCCGAGCGGAAUAUGAGGGGGGGAAGGGAUGUCUUUCGAUGUAACCAACUCUUGCUGCUGCAUUGAUGUAUGAUGGGAAAAAAAAUGUUCAAUAGGAAAUGAAGAUAGAGGUACUGGCAGCAGAAAAGGGUGAUUAAUAAAAGGAGGAGAGAUAAGGAUGAGCAGAAAUCCUCCAAAUCGGCCAGGAAUUGUGUUUGCGGUGGGAGCUCGUUUGGAGGCCCAGGAUUAUCUGCAGAAAUGGUAUACAUCACGAAUCGAAAAGAUUGACUAUGAGGAAGGAAAGAUGCUGAUCCACUUUGAGAGAUGGAGCCAUAGGUACGAUGAGUGGAUUUUCUGGGAUAGUCAUCGCCUACGACCUCUGGAGGGACAGUCACUACGAAAAGAAGCACUCAAAGAUGAUGAAGAGAUUACAGAUUUCAAAACUGGAGAUGAGGUUCUGGCCCGCUGGACGGAUUGUCGCUACUACCCUGCCAAGAUUGAAGACAUUAGCGAGGAGGGUACUUACACAGUGCAGUUUUAUGAUGGAGUUAUACGCUCUCUGAAGCGAAUGCAUAUAAAAUCAAUGCCUGAAGAUGCCAAAGGGCAGGACUGGUUAGCUCUUGUUAAAGCUGCUACAGCAGCAGCCGCUGCAAAGAACAAGACAGUCAGUAAGCACCGAGUUAAUAAGGAAAAAGUGGAGAGAAAAAUGGGGAGAGGAUCCCACUUCAAAAAAGAGAGAGCGAUGUUAGAAGUUAAAGAGACAGAAGAUGAAGCAUGCAAAAAACCAGAAGGGCCUGCAUCUGUUGCUAUCUCAGGAAACUCUGAGCCAUUGACCUUUGAUGAGCCAAAGCAGACUUCAGGACAAGCAGAAACAUCGGGAGCAAGGAAGAGGAAAACCAGUGUUAUCUGCUCAUUUCAGGCGAAAAGGGCACGUCUCAACAAAAUCACAGGUCUAUUGGCAUCAAAAGCUGUGAGUGGAGACGGUUCAGAAAUGCUGGAAGAUGGUAUUGGAAGCCACCAUGUGCCUGAUCAGCUCUUACCCUCUUAUACCACUGACCAGCUGAAGACUGAAGUGAGCAGCACCGACUCCUGUCCUCUGAAUCAAAAAAGUGAUCCAUUCUCUUCAUCUCCACCUUCGACGAAACUCCGAACACGGAAAACAAAGCCUGAGGAGCCAUCCGGGAAUAUAAAGGCUUCAGAUCCUUCUCCUACCCCAACUGUACCUCAGGGCAAGGAGUUGCACAAUGUAGAAUUUCCUCAGACAUUACCCCCACCUCCACCUUCAGAUAUCCCUCAGACUGGCCCUUCUCAGCCCAGCAGUCCAUCCACCUGGUUAGAAAAUUCCAAACGUAGGAGACGCUCUGCACGAUUAGCAAAUGCUGCAGGGAUUGAUGGUCCCACAGACCAAGGGUAUUUACCCUCUCCAUCCAGUGAUAUGACAGGACAGUCGGGCAAAUCCAAUAAUCUGACAGACAGCAACAUACCAGAGGAUUCUGACGGUUACCGGUUUCUGCCCAGAGAGUCCAAUUCCUUUGAGUCCAGUGACUUGGUGCCUCUUGACCUCUCCCAGCAUUCUAGGCACAAGACCUCAGCACCUGUUUCUUCUCUUCAACUCCCUGGAAAAGAACAAACAAUGAAACCUCAUUCUAAAAUUAAAAUGGAUGUGAGCGUGGCUUCCUCCUCUUCAGUAACUAAUGCCAAAAAAACAGAGGAUCCAUUAGCUCCCAAAGAACUGGUCAUUGAGCUUGACCACAACAAGUUCAAGUGCAAGUUUCCCAGGUGCUUCAAGGCUUUCCGUAAAGCUAAGCUGCUAGAUUACCACGUAAAGUAUUACCACAAUACAGAGAAAGGAUCUGACACAGAGACUAGCUCAUUAGAGAGUGGGAUGCGGACUCGUGCCACCUCAGCCAACAUGCCAGCAUCAACUGUGGAUAGCCUGGGGCUGAAGAGACGGAAACCUCUGUCGAGUUCCUCUUCACCAUCCUCCAGUCUCCCCACCUUGCAGCUGGAGAUGCCCCUCGAUAUAAGCCACAAACCCUCCAAAGUCUGCAAGAAGAAGCGACCAUCUACGUCAUUCAGUACUGAAGGAACCAACAUUCAUCCCACCCACCCUGUGAAGGAGAAGAGCAUGGAAACUGUGCAUGAGAAGAUACUUAGGAAAUGUGUCGACAGAGACAGAAAUGCAGAAGUUGGAGUGAAAAGUGAAAAGAAGAUGAAGUAUGAAGAGAAGAUCUCAUUGCCUGGUAAAAAGAAGGAGAGUAAAGAGAAGAAAGGCAAGGAGCAUGUUAAACUAAAACAGAAGAAAAAGAAAAAGAAGAAAAAGAAAUCCAAACAUGAUUUUACAGAAUGUGAAGGAUUCAAAGAUAUUUCCCUGGAAUUUUUGGAAAGAUGUUCAUCUCCGAUAACCAAACCUGGAAGUUCCCUUGCCUUGCGGUGUGGAUCAGUGGUAAAACCAGCAUACCUAUCACCAAAAUCUGUUCUGUCCUCUGGAUCGUUGCUGGAGCUAAGCACGGACCGUAUUCCUAGACAUGAAUCUCUUUCUGAUGAUGAGUUCUUUGAUGGUUCCUCAACGGAGAGUGCACUGAUGAGUGAAGAUUACAGUCAGGAUCUGGACAUCUCAACCAAUCCGGAGGACUCUCAAGAGGAGGAUGAUAGCAAUGCAACAGUGCGAUGUGUCUGUGGAAUGGAUGAAGAAAAUGGGUUUAUGAUUCAGUGUGAAGAGUGCCUUUGCUGGCAGCACAGCAUCUGUAUGGGGUUACUGGAAGACAGCAUUCCAGAUCAAUAUAUCUGCUACAACUGCCAGGAUCCUCCAGGUCAGAAAUGGAGUGCCAAGCAUUGUUAUGACAAAGAGUGGUUAAAAAAUGGACAUAUGUAUGGACUGUCCUUCCUAAAGGAGAAUUAUUCCGAGCAGAAUGCUAAGAAAAUAGUAUCAACACACCAGCUCCUCGCCGAUGUGUACAGCGUUACUGAAGUGCUCCAUGGGCUUCAGCUGAAAAUCAAUACCCUUCAGAGCAGAAAGCACCCUGACCUACAUCUCUGGGCUCAGUCAUGCAUCAAAUCUACCCACGAGCAAACUACAGGAGAAAGGAAGAACACAGAAUGUAUGGAUAGUCUCAAGCAGCCUGAAAACACCUGUCAUAAUCAGAGUCAUAGAGAAAGAUCGAGUCCAUGCCAGAGAGUAGAGGGAACCUAUAUCACCAGUGAGCAUAGCUACCAGAAGCCUCAGGUUUGCAGCCUAGAGCAGAAUGCCACAAUAGACCAAAACAGCUCAGAAGAUGAGGAUUACAGUAGUUUAGAACAUGAAGAAGAUCAAAGUCCUAUAAUGAAGACAGCUGAAAGGUACACCACUCAGGAAGAAGACAGUCUAUCUGGACAGGGAGCUACUGACAUUAAAGAGAUGGUUUCUGUUUCAAAUGAUGGCAGCUGCGAUGAGAUGGCAGGAGAGGAGCAUGUCAACCCACAGUUUUCGUGGCAGCUGAACCUACUGACACACAUUGAGGCCCUGCAGAAUGAAGUAAACAGCAGAAUGGACUUCAUUGAGAAAGAGCUGGAUGUUCUAGAAAGUUGGCUGGAUUUUUCCGGGGAACUUGAGCCACCGGAACCACUUGCACGACUUCCACAGCUGAAACGCCACAUCAAACAACUCCUGACAGACUUGGCGAAAGUGGAGCAAAUGGCAACCUGCUGCUCCCUUUGAGAAAACGAUAAUUGGG